AUGAAAAGUAUCCAAAUAAAAGAGUCAGAGAAAAAAGAACCUUCACAGCCGGACGGGUCUUAUGAUGUAGAGAAAGAAACAAAUGAAGAUUUGUUAACAUUGGCUGACAACCAAAUUAACCAAAGCAUAUCCCCGGCUCGAGAAAUCCUGACUGGUGACCAAGAUUCACAAAAUAGCACGGAGCAAACCAUAAAUCCUUCCGAUGAAAAUAAAGUUAAGAUCCAACAGGAGGAAGAGUCGUCGAAUAAGACGAUAAAUAAUGACGAUCCGUGCUUAGAAGAUUGUCGGGACGAGAUAGAUAUGGUAGUGACGCACCAAGAAACAAGCGUCAGUAGUGAGUACGACGGCGAAGAAUUCCAAACUAAUCGUACGAGAAUUUCUCCUAUUAGCCAAGACGACACUAGCGAGACACCAGACUUCAUGGAAGAAAUGUCAAGCAGGGAUAAUGAUCACAAACGUAGCAGUGACGAAGAAAAGGAACCCGUUGAAAUGAGUCAGGAUGAACAGACGAAAGAACAGAAAAGCGAAACGGAAGGAAAACUGUCAGACUCUAGCAGCGAUCAUGACAGUGACGGCUUCAUAAGGGAACGCGAUGCGGAGACCCAAGAAACGUUACACAGUAAAGAGAGCUUUAAAGAUCAUGAAGAUGCUCAAGAAGUCAAACAUGAAGAACACCAAAAUCUCAAAGAAAAUUAUGUAUGUAGUGAAAACUUCUACUCGGAUGAAGAGAACAAUGGUGACAAGACAGAGGCAAGUUUGACCAAAUAUCAUGAGUCUUCAUGUAUUGGCAAUUCUGAAAAUAAACUUCACAGUCAAUACAGAAAAGACUUCGAAGAAGAUCUAGAGUAUUUCUCUUCGGAUGAAGAAAUCUGCAUAGAAAACAAGAAUUCGAUGAACAAAGAUGAGUCAUCAUUACAGACCGAUAACAAUGACGUCGAUGAUCAAAGGCAGCCUAAUAGUGGUCAAACAGAUGUCUGUUCAACAGAUCAUCAAGAAGACAUUUUCUCAGGCGAUGAAUUACGACGCCGUAACAAACAUAGAGUAAGAAAACAAUCACGUAACCAGCAGUUACAAAACGCCACUGAAUUCACGGAUACAGACGAGUUCGAACGAGAAUACCCGGAAAGUGGCGAAGAAGAUCGAGACAAUGAUAGAACAGAGCCAAGAUGCCUCCGUCAGAAAAAAUCUGUCAAGAUAUAUAGCGAGGACAAUGAAUACGACAGCUUUGAAUCUGUUGAUGACAAUGAAGAACUUUAUUUAGAUUGUGAUUCCAAAGAAGAUCGCAAAGAAGUGGUUAAUGAAGGAGACGGCACUGAAAAUAGUUCUAUGAACGAUAGAGAGAUGACUUCCGGCAACGAAGAAAGAGACGAACAAGAUGGAAUGAACAUAAAAUCUGACAUUCAAAUGGAAUCGUCUUCAAAUAUUUCUGAGGUGAAUGGUGAACUCCAUGGAACUGGCAAGGAAUGCGGAAGGGAAACGCCUAUAAACGGUGAUGAUACUCAGCAUUUGAACGAUACCGUGAGUUUGGAAAGAGAAGCGAAAGAAAGCACUGUCGUGUCACCAAAUGGAGAAGCAGAAGCAUUGGACAUACACGACGGUGUUAAAGAACCGUCAGAGAAUGAACAAUCGCAAGAAAUAAUUGACCUUAAAAGCCGGCUUAGUAUGCUACCAGCGGAAAUGGGAACGGAAGUAGCAUUGAAAAAGAAACCUCCGGUACCACCCCCGAAAGCUGAGAAAAGCAAACCGAAAGAAUUAAAACGAGAGCCAUCACCUACAAUCGAUACAGCCGACGAUUUGAAAGACCUGAAAAGUCGGCUGAGCAAGUUACCAGCAGAAAUGGGCGUCAAACUGGACUUUAAAAAGAAGACACCACCUCCAGUUCCGGCCAAGCUGUCGGACGACCAGCUAAGUGAUCCCUCUUCGAAUAUUUUCAGUGAAGAUGACCGUUCCACGAGAUCUCGAAGCAGUACACGAGAACGCUCACAAAGUGUUGACAAGGCAGAAUAUCUGGUAGGUUUGCAGAGUAGGUUCAGCAUGUUACCACCAGAAAUGGGCGCAAAGUUGUCGUUCAAGAAAAAACCACCAUUGGUCAGGCCAGAAAACAUAAGAUCGAACAGCGAAGACCGGGGCGAUGACACCGGUUCAGAGACAACGUCCGUCGGCUGUCCAUCGGAGGAUUUCGAUCUCAAAUAUGACGAAAGUGGGAAAGAAACCUCGCUGGGAGUCGACGAAGCUGAACACCUGAGAGGUCUUAACAGCCGCUUUAAUUUGUUACCCCCGGAAAUGGGUGCCAAACUGAAUUUCAAAAAGAAGCCACUUGUUCCUCCACCAAAAGCCACCCGCACCGAAACUUCAAAAACGGAAACUUCUGGAAAGGAAGAACCAAUGAUUAUCACGACUUCUACAGAUGAGAAUGAAAUCACCGUUUCAAUAUGCCUGGAUGAACCGUCAGCGGAAGCUGAUGAAACUGUUGAACCAACGGAUCUGAGGAACAGGUUCGAUCAUCUGACCCUGGAGACGGGGACAAAAUUGAGUUUUAAAAAGAAGCCGCCUGUUCCGUUGCCUAAAGAAAUCCAAGAAUCAAAGAAUUUGACUGAGGAUAAAGAAGAAAUUGAUGUUAGAAGUAAGUUCAAUUUAGCGCCAACUGAACUGGGAACGAAAAUUAAUUACAAGAAGAAACCGCCGGUCCCAUUACCGAAACCAACAAAAGGUAACAAGGCUGAAAGCGCUGUAUCUGCAAGUGGUGAAGAAACCGCGUCCAUUGUUGUCGAGUCCAGUAGUGAUAGUGCAGAGGUGAGUGCUGAUUCUGAAGAAACGUUUGUGUUUACCAUUGUCUCCGACGUGGAUAAUUCGUCGUUAUCUCUGGAGGAUAGCACGAAAUUGGAACAGCAAGAAGAGGACGAAAAUACUGAAGAUAACGUUUUCGUUUUCACCCUAUGCGACGAAGGUAUCAUUGAAGAAUCAACGUCUCUCAAGCUAGAACCAGAACUGCACGAAGUGAAACCGGAAACUCCGAAACAAAUACGAGAGCUCGACAAACAUGGAGUGGAAUUAUUAAAACAGGAAUUAGAAGUGCAGAGGCAAGAAGCGGAACUGCCGAAAGAAAAAGUAGAACUGCGAAAAGAAGAAACGGAACUGGUGAAAGAAGCAGAACUGCCGAAACGAAAAGCAGAACUGCUGAAGCCAGAAGCAGAACUGCUAAAACAAGAAACGGAACUGCCGAAGCCAGAAGUGGAACUGCUAAAACAAGAAGCGGAACUGCCGAAACCAGAAGCGGAACUGCCGAAACUAGAAGCGGAACUGCUAAAACAAGAAGCAGAACUGCUAAAACAAGAAGCGGAACUGCCGAAGCCAGAAGCGGAACCACAGAAAGACCUAGAACUCCCGAAAGAAGAAACAGAAUUGUCGAAAGAGAAAGCAGAAUCUGAAGAGACAAAAUCCAAACCUAAAUAUCCUCGAAGCUACGAAGACGAUGAAAGGUUAAAGGAAUCUAAGCUUGACACUUUUAAACGAAAGUUUGGCGUGCAGACAGUAGCCGCAAAGCCUACUGUGCCUCCCGGAGCGCGCCGACAAACCCAAACCAAAAGUGAAAAAGGAAGUAGAUUUCCUUAG